AUGUCGAACACCCAAUCUGCCCCUUUGAACGUGGAUGUUGAUUCUGGGAACCAUGGUGAGAACCAUAAUGUGGUACCUAGUAACGAGGUGCCUCAUGUCUAUCCCAAUGGAGUUUCGGCCGCUGACCUGAUCGACGCUAACUCACAUAUGGCGAUCAAAGUUAGUGACAGAUCCAAAAGAGACAUUGAUCGUGAACCAAGAUCAAAUAGAGACCUGUAUGAUCAUACAAUGGAGAUCGAAGAGCUUGGCCAAUAUCAUCAGACCGAGGGUCAUAGAACAACUGGAUCUACGAGAAUUGUGGAUGCAAUCCGAGUUCUUAACGGACUCAACAUGGCAUGUGAGACCACUAAAGAGGAGAUAACCCUAUUGAUGAACACCACCGGAACCGUUCAAGCAACAAAGUUCUACGUGAUCAAAGGAGACAUGAGAUAUAAUUCUUUGUUCGGGAGGCUAUGGAUUCACAACAUGAGGGCAGUACCCUCGACACUUCACCAGGUGCUGAAAUUCCCAAUACCGGGAGGGAUUAAAACGGUUUACGAAGAGAAAUCGGCUGCAAAAGAGAUGUUUGCGGUCGAUGAGGUGGUCAUGAUAUCUACACUGUCGACAUCAAAGAACCCGAGCUCAGUCACCAAGGAAGAAACCAAAUAG